AUGGAAGCUCGAGAACACAUUUUCGAAACCAUACCACAUAUUUUCAAGUCAAAGUUUCCACGGCUUACUUCAAUAAUUGACUGUUUUGAAGUGUUUAUUGAGUCACCUGGUCCUUUGUUAGCAAGAGCACAAUGUUAUAGUAGUUACAAAAAACAUUGCACAUUAAAGGUUUUUAUUUCCUGUACACCACUUGGUGCCAUUAACUUUUUAUCUAAAUGUUGGGGUGGUCGUGUUUCUGACAUUCAAAUUGUAAAAGAAUCAAACUUUACAUCAUCAAAAUACCACUACCCUGGAGAUCAAAUUUUGGCUGAUCGUGGUUUUACAUUGAAAGAUGAUUUUGCUGCUCAUUCCAGUUCGGAACUGUUGGUUCCUGCAUUUGCAAAAAACAAAUGCCAGCUAUCAGCUGAAGAAGUUGAAUCUACCAGAAAUAUUGCAUCUGUAAGGAUUCAUAUAGAAAGGAUUAUAGGAUUAAUGAAAAAUCGUUAUAAAAUUCUAAAAGGAAUCUUGCCAAUAAGAUCAGUGAAAAGUCUAAAGGAUGAGGCAAAUCAUUUAAUGUAUGCUAGCUGUGAUAAAGUUGUUCUGGUGUGUGCUGCUUUAACAAACUUAGGAGAAAGUAUUGUGUUUCGCUAG